GGGAGAGAAGAAAAUAGGGGUUAUGGUUUAAGCCAUCUUCGCCACCAACUUAAUAUUUAUGCUUAAAUCGGAUUGUUUACUUAUCGUGUAUAUGAAGUUGUCAUAGGAGAUAGGGGUUGAACCAGAACGACAAGAUCCAACGGAUAAGCACAUGGGAACACGAGUCAGGCUCCUUUCUUUAGUACUCACCGCUAUCGCCGAGAAAUUUCACGAUAGCGACAAGUUUGUGUGUGGUAGGUGGGUCAUACCCGGGAUUGGCCUGGUCUAGGCCCCAAGUAACUCAUCCACCUUACUCACUAUUCUUAAAAUCCUCACUUUUAAUUCGGCUUUUUUACCUUCUUUUUUUGCUUCAUGUUUUCUCUCGUCAUUCAUUUGCAACGAUAUCUUUCCACGCGGACCACGAGUCUUGUCGAGGACUCCAAUGAGCCCAGCGGGUCAUCUGCUGUCUCCCACGAGCAGCCUGCCGCUCCUUCGUUCAAUCACACUCACUAGUGAACAGAUUUUCUCGGCGCUAGACAAUCUACACGAGCUAUAUUUCCCCGUAUCCUUGUCGCGAGCCGUGACAUCGCAGUUUGAAUUGGGAAAAGUGCACGACGAUGUACCAGUUGAACCGAUUGAUUCCGGUUACGCAUCUGAGGACGGGGAUAUAGACGGACAUGAGCAAGACAUAAUCAGAGAGGAUGCUCUUGAUGCGCUGCGUGCUGAUGAUUUUGAGCGCAACUUCGCCAUUCGCUGGCUAACCACCCUUAUCGCACGUGCGGAUGAGCUGCCCCUGAGUGACGAUGAUGAGCGCGAACGAGCCGUUGACAAAGCAUCCUAUGUGCUGGCCUCGUUUUCCAAGACAGUGGAUGAGGAAGAUGAAGAUGAUACUGGGUUGAUACGCAAUUUUUCCUUUGCGUUGGAUUUGUCUUCGAACCCAAGUUCUCCUGAAACUAGUGGACGUAGUGUUGGCGAUAAAGUCGCAAUUGAUGUGCGACUAAAUGACAUCUCGAUGACUACGCACUCUGACGUCGGGCUGCAGACCUGGGGAGCGUCGGUUGUGUUCUCCGAUCUAAUAUGCGCGUCACCGGCGCGAUUCGGAUUCACACGGCCUACACUCGGUUCGUCGUCACGUAUCAUCGAACUCGGUGCUGGUACAGGGCUAGUUAGCCUGGUGCUAGCGAAAGCCCUUCCUUUCCUUGGUAUCACCAAUCCGACAGUGAUCGCGACAGAUCAUCAUCCCACGGUGCUCGCUAAUUUAGAAAUCAAUGCCUUAAAGGCAGGCGUGCAAACAUGCGCUCUCGAUUGGUCUGCCCCAGUUCUGGAGGCGCCCCUUGAUUCACCCGCGGAUAUGCUGAUAGCCACCGAUGUGAUCUAUGACUUGAGACACGCACAAUGGCUGCGGGCUUGCGCCACUCAUCUUCUAGCUCCUGGAGGCGUAUUCUGGUUGCUAAUGACGGUACGCCCUAGUGGCCGCCAUGGGGCAGUGGUCCAUUCCGUUGAAUCUGCCUUUCAGGGAGUAAACCCCCAAACUCCGGACGGACGAUACCUUGAAAUUCUAGACAUAGAAAACGUAGAAAAGCUUCACGGCGUUGGGCGUGGUGAUGAGAGUGGAUACAAACUAUUUAGAAUUGGAUGGGCUUAGACGGAUAGACUAGAUUAUGGUAGAUGAUAGAGGAUGGAGGAUGGAGGAUAGAGGAUAUACCGUUCACAAGGGUGGUGUAGAG